UUUUUUAAAACACCAUAGAAAAUGCUCUCCACAAUGUGUUGUUGCUCCUUCUUGUUGUCUCUAACUCUGUUUUUCCUACUCAUCUCAUUACCUUGUGUUCUUCCAUUCCCUAUUCCUAGCCAUGGAAAUGGGAAGAAACAACAGCACAACAACAGUAAUCUUCAUUCUACUAACAUGGAUCCUUUUGAGGUAGAAACUUUGUUCAAGAUCAUGGAGUUAAUGUCAUCUGAUAGCAACUGGAGAGUCUCAUACCCAAGUCCUUGUAAACCAGGUUCUUUAUGGGCUGGAUUAGAGUGCAAACCAGGUAAUGACAAUCGUGUUCAUGUUUCCAGGCUUGAUUUUGGUACAUUUCCAAACCCAACCUGUAAGAAAACAGCCAUAUUCCCAUCUCAAAUCUUUGAUCUUCCAUACCUUGAAUCAGUGUUCUUCUUUCAAUGCUUCACUCACACUAAAACAACUAUCACCAUAUCCCCAGGUAGAAUUUCUACUUCACUGACACAGUUCAGUCUCCGAUCAAAUCAGGCAUUUAUAGGUCCCAUACCACCUCAAAUCUCUUCUUUAAAGUCUGUUCAAGUCCUUACAUUGUCUCAAAAUCGCCUUCAUGGACAAAUACCAGCAGAGAUCUUCAGUUUAACCUCUCUGGUACACCUUGAUUUGAGCUACAACUUACUCACUGGUACUAUUCCAAACCAGUUGGGCAGUCUCAGAAAGCUUGAGGGACUUGAUUUGAGCUAUAAUUUGCUUACAGGUCCAAUUCCGAACACAAUUGGGCAACUGGGUCUUCUUCAGAAGCUCGAUUUGAGUUCGAAUUCCCUCAGGGGACGCAUUCCUGACAGUAUCCAAAACCUUCACUUCUUGGUUUUUAUGGCUUUGAGUAACAACAAACUGAAAGGAAAUUUCCCCACAGGCAUCGAUAGGUUGCAGAACCUACAGUACCUUAUCAUGGAUGAUAAUCCAAUGUUCGUCCCAUUGCCAUUUGAGCUUGGCAGACUAGCGAAGCUGCAAGAGCUCAGGCUUGCAAAUUCAGGGUUAUCAGGAGCAAUUCCUCCAAGUUUCUCUAGGCUUCUCAACCUCAGUACUCUAUCUCUGCAGAACAACAGAUUAACUGGUCAAAUUCCUGUUACUCUAAGCAAUCUCACUCACAUUUAUCACAUGAAUCUGAGUAAGAACUUGUUGAUUGGUGUUGUUCCUUUCAAUCCAAGCUUUUUGCAGAGGUUGGGAAGGAAUUUGGAUCUAAGUGGGAAUCCAGGACUCUGCUUGGACAAAUCUGAUGCGUAUGCAAGUGUAAAGAUUGGAGUUGGUGUCUGUGGAAGCAACAGAGCAGGUUCUCUGGUCCAACCAUUGAAGAAAUCUGAAGCUCCAACUGGGUAUUGCAGAUUGUUCAACGUGUUAGCUGUCUUAGGUGUCUGGGAAAUGUAUCAAAUAUUAUUCUAUUUGUGAUUUUCAAUUCUUUAUAUCUCUUACAUGUUUGUAUCUUAGUUCUGAGUUGUGUAAUCUCGUCUCUGGCCUGGUGAUUCUUUCUGUGGGAAGCUUUGAGGUUGGCCAUUGAACCACUGAAGAAGUCUUGGAGACUUUCAGGGAAGUGGUCCUUCUCUUUCUUGUGAGCAUUUGAGUUGGCGAAGCUGCAUUAGUUUUUACUGUAUUUAGCAGAAAAUUUAUUAGUUGUGUC